UAUUACUACUACACAAAGGGACGCGGAAGCAGGUGUGAUUGCAGCGCGGAGUGCUGGUCUGAAGGGAAGGGGAGGAUCCAGCCACCGCAUUCUUACGUCAAAAUGUGUCACGGAAAGGCUGGGCGAGCCAGUUAACUGUUACUGCAGAGAUGAACGAGACUAAGAAAUAGAGGACAUAUGGUUCGAAAUUGAAAGCAAUACGCCGCGCUUUCAGCUAAAGUUACCCAUGGAUCGUCACCGUGGUUCGUAGAAAUAAGGUGGAAGGUGGUGGCGAGCGCAAAAAAAAGACCAGAGAGGAAGACCGGAGCGAUCGAUCAGCUCGGCGUCAGCAGAAGCCGGCGGCUUGGAGAACUCCCCGCCCCCUCCCCCCACCUCCUCAUCCCAGGUGAGCGGGGGCUUGUGAGGACAGAACGCAGCUGCCAGAACCUUCGAAAGAGAGAGAGAGAGAGAGAGAGAGGAGGAAGAGGAGGAAGCGGCCAAAGGGAAAAGGGGCGCAAAGACGUCAACUGAAACUCCGCCCCCUCAUCCCCGGCCCCGCCCCCCACCAUGUCCGCCCGCGAGCGCAGCAGCCCGCGGAACCGGCCGUGGUCGGUGUACCGCGCCAACACCUUCGACCUCUCCUCCGAGAUGCUGGGCCUCAGCCUCGCAGGAAACAGCCAGGAUCCAGACGAACCCGUUCUGGAGUUUAGCCUAGCCUGCAGCGAGCUCGUCACCCCGGCACUGGACCGAAAGCCCAACAGUUUUGUUUCUGUCAGCUGCACCACUCCUCCCCAGGCCUUCUGGACCAAGCACGCCCAGACGGAGAUCAUAGAGGGCACCAGUAACCCCAUCUUCCUGAGCAGCAUUGCCUUCUUCCAGGACUCGCUCAUCACCCAGCAGACGCAGGUCAAGCUCUCUGUGUACGACGUCAAAGACCGCUCUCAAGGCACAAUGUACUUGCUGGGCUCGGCCAUGUUCCCUGUUAAGGAGCUACUGCAAGACAAGCACCACAGGUUGCACCUGGCACUCAGGUCGGCGGAGCAGGAGCGCGUGGGCAACGUCACCAUCAUCGCCUGGCAGGUGGAGGAGAAGAGGGACCAGCGGGCCUCUGGGGCCCGGCUGCCAGACACCAUCAACGGCAGGAUGGUCCUCCCUGUGGACGAGAGCCUGACGGAAUCGCUGGGGAUCCGGGGGAAGCACGCGUCCCUGUGCAAGGACACCUUACUGAAAUCAGUGUUUGGGGGCACCAUGUCCCGGAUGUACCGCUUCCCCACCACGGACGGGAACCACCUGCGCGUGCUGGAGCAGAUGGCCGAGAGCGUGCUGUCGCUCAACGUCCCGCGACAGUUCGUCAAGCUGCUGCUGGAGGAGGACGCUGCCAGGGUGUGUGAGCUGGAGGAGCUGGGCGAGCUCUCUCCCUGCUGGGAGAAUCUUCGGCGUCAGAUCGUCACGCAGUACCAGACCAUCAUCCUCACCUACCAGGAAACCCUGACAGACCUCCACGAGUACAAGGGUCCCUCCUUCAAGGCCAGUAAUUUGAAAGCGGAGAGGAAGGUGGAGUUCAUGCCGACCAACCUGCACGUGCAGCGGAUGAGAGUGCAGGACGAGACGGGCUCCGAUCACACGUAUGACGUGGUGACCAUCGGAGCUCCCGCCGCCCACUGCCAGGGGUUCAAGAGCAGCGGCCUGCGCAAGCUGAUCCACAAGUUUGAGGAGGCCAAGAAACACGUUUAUGAGGAGGAGUGCAGCGCGGUCUCCAGCUCCCAGUCCAUCGUCUACGUCCCUCAGGACAUCGUCCGCGCCAAAGAGAUCAUCGCGCACAUCAACACGCUGAAGACGCAGGUCAGCUACUACGCCGAGCGGCUGUCCCGCGCCGCCAAGGAGCGGUCUGCCAACGGCCUGGAGAGGACCCUCGCCAUCCUGACCGAGAAGACGCGGCAGCUGGUGAUGGUGUGCGACUGCAAGCUGCUGGUGUCGGCCAUCCAGGCGCUGGGCGCCGCCCGGCCCGAAUACGUGGCCUCCAGGGCGUCGCCGUGCGCCCCCGAGGCCGACCAGGUGGUCCUGCGCAACGACCAGGACACGCUGCUCGCCAAGUGGGCCGGCCGCAACAGCCGCGCCUCCCUGCACCUCCCCUGGCAGGAGGAGGAGUGGGAGAAGGUGUGGCUGAACGUGGAUAAGAGCCUGGAGUGCAUCGUGCAGCGCGUGGACAAGCUGCUGCAGCGGGACCGUCUCCACAGCGACAGCAGCGAGGACGUCUUCCUCACCGACCAGCAGGGCGGCGCCAGCAAGAAAGGUAACCGGAGGACCCGCGCCUUCUGGAUCAACCCGGAGAGCAUGGACGAGCCCGCCCCGACCACCCCACCUCCGCCGCGACCAUCCUCACUAUUUCCUUCAUCACCAUCAUCAUCGUCAUCGCCAUCAACCUCCCUGCCUGCCCCGACCCCUGCAUGCCAGCACACGUCUCACAGAAACUCCUAUGACAGCGCCAGUGCCGAGGAUGUCUCCCCAGGUGAGUGGAGUGAGGCUCUGUACCCGCUGCUCACCACGCUCACCGAGUGUGUGGCCAUGAUGAGUGACAAGGCCAAGAAGUCCAUGGUGUUCCUGCUCAUGCAGGACAGCGCCCCCACCAUCGCCAUGUACCUCACCCUGCAGUACCGCCGAGACGUGGUCUUCUGCCAGACGCUGACAGCUCUGAUCUGUGGUUUCACCAUCAAACUGAGGAACUGUCUCCAUGACAACGGAUUUCUGAGACAGCUCUAUACCAUCGGCCUUCUGGCACAGUUUGAGAGUCUGCUGAGCACCUACGGAGAGGAGCUGUCCAUGCUGGAGGACAUGAGCGUGGGUGUCAUGGACCUGAGGAACGUGACCUUCAAAGUGACACAGGCCACCUCUAGCUCCGCCCCCGACAUGCUGCCCGUCAUCACCGGCAACCGGGACGGCUUCAACGUGCGCGUCCCGUUGCCCGGCAACAUGUUCGACGCGUUGCCGCGGGAGAUCCAGAACGGCAUGCUGCUGCGCGUGCAGCCCGUGCUGUUCAGCGUCGGCAUCAACGAGCAGCAGACGCUGGCCGAGAAGUUUGGAGACACGUCACUGCAGGAGGUUGUAAACAUGGAGAGCUUGGCUCGGCUGAACUCGUACUUCGAGCAGUUCAAAGAAGUCCUGCCCGAAGACUGCCUCCCCGGGUCCCGCAGUCAGACCUGCCUGCCAGAGCUGCUCAAGUUCCUGGGGCAGAACGUCCACGCCCGCAAGAACAAGAACGUGGACAUCCUGUGGCAGGCCGCGGAGGUCUGCCGGCGGCUGAACGGGGUGCGGUUCACCAGCUGCAAGAGCGCCAAGGACCGCACAGCCAUGUCGGUCACGCUGGAGCAGAGCCUGAUCCUGCAGCACGAGCACGGCAUGGCCCCCCAGGUCUUCUCCCAGGCCCUCGACUGCAUGCGCAGCGAGGGCUGUCGGCGGGAGAACACCAUGAAGAACGUGGGAUGUCGCAAGUACGCUUUCAACUCCCUGCAGCUGAAGGCCUUCCCCAGACAUUACAGGCCCCCAGAAGGGACUUUCGGCAAAGUGGAGACCUGAUUGGACAGUCGGCCUCCGGACCCAACCAAUAGUGGCAGGAGGGGAAAAAAGAAAAAAGAAAAAAGAAAAAAACAACACGAUAAAAGGAAACAAAAUGCCCCAGUGCAAAAGCACCCUUAGUAUGAUAGAAGUGACAGGUUCUGUGAUAGAUAUGCAUCCUUAAUUCUAACAUCCAUGCAGACUCUUGAAAUGUGUAUAUAUAUAUAUAUAUAUAUAUAUAUAUAUAUAUAUAUAUAUAUAUAUGAAAUACAAACACGCCAGUAACAUUAGUUCAAACCAAAGGAAUAUCUGCUUCAGAUUCCCCCCCCCCCCCAUCGUCACUACUUAACUGUAGAUAGAGCUUGCUUCUCUCUCACGCACAGGCACAGAGGAGCAACUGUCAAACGUUUGCCCAGACUCAUGUGCAUCGAUGGCAGGUAUCACACAGUCACUGUUGUACGUCCUGCUCUGAGCUGGACAACUAACCCUACUGGUGCAGUGGAGGAGGGAAAGAGGCACACAAAUGGGUGUGACUCCCAGAUGCCAGAAUUGUCUCUCAACACAGACUGCAUAUUUGCAUUUUUUUGGUUUUCAGAGAUCAUUUCUCCAAAAAAAAAUUUUUUUAAUUAAAAAAACACGUCCCCCUUGGCUUGCUGAGCUGGAGGUAGCGCCAUGGCCUUGUGCCAGUUGAAAUGUUCAGCUCCUGAAGAAUAAGGGCGAAUUGGCUGAGUGGGUCCCAGCCCGUUGGGUUCAGUGUGCCCUGGCCAAAUUGCUGUACUCUUGGGUCACAGCACACCUCUUAUGCCCUAUUUUUCCCCCCCAUCAUGCACUGCUGCUGCUACUGGUUUAGCCUAUCAGAGCCACCGCAGGAUCCGGCAGCUUCUGGAACCAAACGGCUGCAACUUCCAUUCUAAAGGCCGGCCGACCAAUCGGGUCUCUUCCAGCAUCUGUCGCUCUGGACGACGCCAACAUCCUGUUUGUGGCCCUUUGCAGAGUCCAGAGGACUGCCAGAAACAGGAAGGUGCUCAGGUGGGUUAGCCCUCCAUUCGUCCCAUUGGCUCACCCUGCUGCUCGUUAACCUGAGCUGUAAGCACACUGGUAAAUCCUACCCAGAGUACACUGCACCCCCCCCCCCCAAAUGUGUCCAAAUAUUUCAUCUCUGGCAAAAAAAAAACCUGUGAAGUACACCCAAAUUGAUAGCAGUCUGCACACAGGUUCAAACACAUUCUGAUCAUAUACAAAUGCAAUUCAGGUGACACUGUACAAUGGAUACGUGCGCAUGUUUUUAUUUUACAUAGAAAGAGCAAGGGGGGGGGGAGGGGAAGGGAUCUAUCAGGCUUGGAACAUAUUGUGAGUAUGUUGUCUUUCCAAAAUACCCAGCGCGGUUGCGGGUGAGACUUAGAAGGCCAUCGCAAUCCAGUCUCAUAUCAUACAAAAAUCCAUACGGUCCUGAGUAUCAGACCCCAAACUGGGAUAAGAGCGUCUUGCGUAAAUCCGCAUAUCCUCGUCAGCCUGCAGCCACGUAGGCAAGCCUGCGUUUAGUACACAGCCCUCAGUGGAGCCGCAGUAACCCCCGUUUGAGAAGCGGCAGGCCGUGUGACCCCUCAUUUCAUUCUUAUUUGUCUGGAAGGGAAUAGAGCCCCCCAAAAUAAAGCCAAUGUGAAACUGCUCCGAUUGCGCUCUGUUUCUGAGCUCGUUUAGCAUUCAGGACACACUGACUACACCGUUGCCACGGGAUACUUCUACAGGGGCUUGCUUUCAAGCAGGAACACGCGCUGCUCAGAAACGGCCACACGCAGUACUGGACUCCCGGGGUCAAACGAAGGUCACGGUCAGCCUGCUAAAUGUUGCAAGGGAAAAGAUAGCAGCGUUGUUCGUUCCAACGGAAGACGACCGUGGUGGCGGCUGUUUGGGAUAUUCGUGUUGUGUUAGUUUUAGAAACAUAAAAGUACACAAGUCCCCUAGCUGUGGACUGGACUCCCAGGUCAAAGAAAGGUCGCGGUCAGCCUACUAAAUGUUGCAAGGGAAAAGAUAGCAGCGUUGUUCGUUCCAACGGAAGACGACCGUGGUGGCAGCUGUUUGGGAUAUUCGUGUUGUGUUAGUUUUAGAAACAUAAAAGUACACAGGUCCCCUAGCUGUGGACUGUUUUAAUGACAUCGUAAAAUAGUUUAAAAGGACACCACCUCGGCUAAUUUUUACAAAAGGGAAGGAAUAACGAGGCUGCCGCUUUGAAUACAGUGUAAAUCACAUCGAGACUUCGGUAAAAUAUCCACAACGGGAGGCUAUUUUCACCUUAUGUAAGCGUAUCAAAACCACCGUUGUGUAUCCUAGCUAAGUACUGCCCAAACGUAUCUGUUCCCUCAGAAUGCACAUCCAGGUUUACACAGCUGUGGCACAGUCGUCCCACCAAAUUAAUUUGUGCUUAAAGUUCACUUUAAAGUAAAAUUUAAUUUACUAAUCUAAAUGUGAAAAGGAGCAGUGUUUUUGCCUUAGUAGGAACGGGUUUUUUUUUUUUUUUUUUUUUCCUGUCUUUAAUAGAGUCGACUCAAGUCUAUAAAAAAAAAAUAUGACUACUGCUUCAUUAGACUGAACCGGCAUUUAGAAUUAUAUUAUUGAUAUGGGAAUCUCAAGACUGAUGUAAUGGGGUCAUAACCUAUAGCAGGCAAUUGCUUUGAAAUACUCAGACGAUGAUCAGGUGAUAACUAUGUAUUUAUUCUCAAUGGGACAUUAAAAAGUGUCUUAACUUUAAAUGCAUGUAGCACAGCUUCACGUAUAAGUGUACUUUUAUACAGGGGUACCAAUGCACUGCAUAAAGCAGAUCCUAUCAGUGACUGCAACAGUGGAAUGCAGUCUGUGUGGCAUCACUGUCUGCCAUUUCCUUUCACAUUUGUUUUUUGUAAAUAAUUGAAACCAUAUUUUUUUGUCAUUUUAGAUCACAUGUAUUUUUUUGUUUGUUUGUUUUUGCUUUUAAUGUUUUUUAUACAUGUGCACUGUUUUAAUUUAAUAAAUAUGACGUCACAUAUCUGACGCGGUAUAUGCACUGUAUGCUAUGUAUUUAUUUGUUCUGUGGAUUGUUGUACUCACGACAGGAUAGGAUAUCUCCCCUCACGCUCCCGUUUAUAACCAAGCUAUUAAAAACAUUCUGAGAG